CUCAACGAAGGGGUGUGUGGACUUCCCGUCGGUGCUUCUCUCAACAACAAAUCUUCCACUUCAUUAUCAGGGAAGAACAGGGAAAAAGAGGAGUUCAUGGCAUCAAAGUUGCAACAAAUACAAUCGAAAGCUGUUCAAGCUUCUAAAUUUGUGUCCAAACAUGGAUGUGCCUACUACAAGCAGUUAUUGGAGCAGAACAAGCAAUAUAUUCAAGAGCCACCCACCGUUGAGAAAUGUAACUUAUUGUCAAAACAGCUCUUCUACACCCGUCUUGCAAGUAUUCCUGGUCGUUACGAGUCCUUCUGGAAAGAACUUGAUUGUGUCAAGCAACUUUGGAAGAAUAGGCAGGAACUGAAGGUCGAGGAUGUUGGCGUUGCUGCUCUCUUUGGGCUGGAAUGCUAUGCCUGGUUUUGUGCUGGUGAAAUCGUUGGAAGAGGAUUUACAUUCACUGGCUACCAUGUCUAAGCAAAACCACCUUGAGAAAAACUGGUUGUGGGCUUUCAUUUAUAAAUCUCUCAUUCAUAGGGGUUUUUUUUUGUCACUGACCUAAUUCUACAUGCAAAAUUUUGUUUUUUCUUCCAAGGUUUUGAAGCUGACGAGUCAGCAUGACAAAUGUGGUAGAAUCAAUAAUCCACCAAGUUAGCAUUUUCUUGUCUC